AUGCACAGUUGCUACUUCAAGCACCAAGGCCCACCCCGCACUAUCCCAGAGGGCACCAAGGCCCACCCCGCACUAUCCCAGAGGGCACCAAGGCCCACCCCGCACUAUCCCAGAGGGCACCAAGGCCCACCCCGCACUAUCCCAGAGGGCACCAAGGCCCACCCCGCACUAUCCCAGAGGGCACCAAGGCCCACCCCGCACUAUCCCAGAGGGCACCAAGGCCCACCCCGCACUAUCCCAGAGGGCACCAAGGCCCACCCCGCACUAUCCCAGAGGGCACCAAGGCCCACCCCGCACUAUCCCAGAGGGCACCAAGGCCCACCUUGCACUAUCCCAGAGGGCACCAAGGCCCACCCCGCACUAUCCCAGAGGGCACCAAGGCCCACCCCGCACUAUCCCAGAGGGCACCAAGGCCCACCUUGCACUAUCCCAGAGGGCACCAAGGCCCACCCCGCACUAUCCCAGAGGGCACCAAGGCCCACCCUGCGCUAUCCCAGAGGCACCAAGGCCCACCCCGCGCUAUCCCAGAGGGCACCAAGGCCCACCCCGCACUAUCCCAGAGGGCACCAAGGCCCACCCUGCACUAUCCCAGAGGGCACCAAGGCCCACCCUGCACUAUCCCAGAGGGCACCAAGGCCCACCCCGCACUAUCCCAGAGGGCACAAAGGCCCACCCCGCACUAUCCCAGAGGGCACCAAGGCCCACCUUGCACUAUCCCAGAGGGCACCAAGGCCCACCCCGCACUAUCCCAGAGGGCACCAAGGCCCACCCCGCACUAUCCCAGAGGGCACCAAGGCCCACCCCGCACUAUCCCAGAGAGCACCAAGGCCCACCCCGCACUAUCCCAGAGGGCACCAAGGCCCACCCCGCACUAUCCCAGAGGGCACCAAGGCCCACCCCGCACUAUCCCAGAGGGCACCAAGCCCCACCCCGCACUAUCCCAGAGGGCACCAAGGCCCACCCCGCACUAUCCCAGAGGGCACCAAGCCCCACCCCGCACUAUCCCAGAGGGCACCAAGGCCCACCCCGCACUAUCCCAGAGGGCACCAAGGCCCACCCCGCACUAUCCCAGAGGGCACCAAGGCCCACCCCGCACUAUCCCAGAGGGCACCAAGGCCCACCCUGCACUAUCCCAGAGGGCACCAAGGCCCACCCCGCACUAUCCCAGAGGGCACCAAGCCCCACCCCGCACUAUCCCAGAGGGCACCAAGGCCCACCCCGCACUAUCCCAGAGGGCACCAAGGCCCACCCUGCACUAUCCCAGAGGGCAUUAAGGCCCACCCUGCGCUAUCCCAGAUAAUUAAAGGGUAA